AUGGCAAGUAAAGGAGGAGCGGCACUUUCAUCCAAGUUGGAUUCGCUUUUGUGCAUUCAAAUCGACAGAGGAUUCGUGGAGUUGCCUUUGGGGCAGGAGCUGCCUGACCUCGACGGCUUGGCGAGUUUGUUUGCUGAAAGUCCUGGGGCUAAGCCUGCGGACCCUUACGAAAGCAUGCAGUACACCGACAUGAACCUCUACACUCUCGUCCCCGACGCGUACACAUCAGGAAUUCGCGCUCCCAACUGGCCAUCUACAUCUUACCUUAUUGGGUCUCGCCUACACCGAGCUACGCCUAACUUGGGGGUGCUGGACGAGUCGCGUUUCUUCACCAACCCGAUGGUCACUGCCCUUCUGAACAAAGAUGCCCUCGAAGAAACAAUCAAAACCUUUGUAUCCUCAGAAGCUGCGGAAACCGUCUGA